UAUCAGCCACCUCAGCACCGGAUGUCGGUAAGUAAAAAGACAAGAGCCGUUUUCGGGAGCGACUUCUACAGGAAAUACCUUCCGCCGUAGAGAACAUUUGUGAAGGGCUGCCAUUUUAGCGACCUUACGCACAAGUGAAUUAUGGGGGUCAAAAGUGUCCAGCUCACCUCUAAGUCGCACCAUGAAAACAUACUGGCCUCUCUGCAUCAACUGAGAUUGCAAGGACAGCUAAGUGAUGUUACAGUGCGUGUGGACUACCAGGGAGAGGUGCAGGAGUUUCAGGCCCACCAGGUGGUUCUUGCAGCAUCCAGUGGCUACUUCAAGAAGAUCCUUCUCUCUCAGGAUGCAGGCAGUGAUAAAUUAUUACUCUCAAAUAUGCACUCCAACGACUUCUCCAGGUUUUUGGAAUUUGUGUACACUGGUAAAGUUGAAGUUGCCAGAGAUAAGAUUGGUGAUGUUCAAGCAGCGGCACAAUUGUUGGACUGUGAGGAUUUGUCAGAGGUUUGUGGUGAGGCCAUGAGUGCUGGAAUUCUACAAAAACCUACAAAUAAAACAUCUGCAUCAAAAGUUGUAGGUAAGGAUUACUUACAGGGUGACAAGAGAGAAAAAGGGGCCAAAGGGAAGAAGCAGCCUGAAAGCUUAUUUCUUAAGCGGCACCUUUCUCCACAGAGUUCUGACAAAGAAGUCAUUUCAAAAAGAUUUAAGGCAAAAAACACACAAAGGGAUGAAAAAAGAUUAGGAGGACAGGUAAAGCAGAGGUUGGCUGGCCGUAAACUCUUUCAGAGGCAUUUAAAUAAUAAAAGAGAGGGUUUUAACAAUGAAAAUCAAGUUACCAAUGAAGACACAGAGGAGUAUGAGGACAGGACUGAAGUCGAGGCUCAGCCAGAAAAUCAAGCAGAGAAAGUAAAUGAAUCUUUGUUGGGAAUGACUGCCUCUGAUGUGGAUGACUGGGAAUGUGAGGACAAUGUGCAGAGUAAUGAUCCUGAAGAACCCUUGUUAUCUCUGGAGGAGGAGGAGGAGGAGGAGGAGGAGGAGGGGGUACAGUCCAAGGAGACAUCAAAAAGAACAUCCAAAGCCCAGUUCCAGUGUAACAAGUGCCAACGGACCUUCCACUAUGAGAGAAGCUACUUGAAGCACAUCAGUACGUACCAUGGAGUGAAAGCAGAUGUCAUCUAUCGCUGUGAGACCUGCCAGCAGACCUUUGCUAAUCGCAGCAACUUGAAAAUCCAUGAAAAGCAUGUCCACAGUAAUGAGAGGCUUUUUGCCUGUGACUCCUGCUCAAAGACCUUCAAACGAAAGAAGGAUGUUGUCCGCCAUCAAAGACAGGUACAUGAACGUAACAAUCUGCACCAUGUCUGCCCUGACUGUGGAAAGGCACUCAGCUCCAAAACUGCUCUGUUGUUGCAUGAGAGAACACACACAGGCACAAAGCCUUUUGAGUGCACCGACUGUGGGGCCAGGUUUACCCAGAACUCUGCCCUCAAGUUGCACCGCAGGACUCACACAGGAGAGAAGCCAUUUGCAUGUGACGAAUGUGAUGCCAGGUUCACUCAGAAGCACAUGUUGGCCUACCAUAAGAGAUCACACACGGGAGAGAAGCCUUUCAUGUGUGAGGCAUGUGGGAAAAGCUUUGCAUCUAAAGAAUACCUAAGGCACCACUCAAACAUCCACACUGGGUCCAGGCCAUACAAGUGUGAACAGUGUGGUCGAGGCUUUGCUCAGAGGAAUUCCCUUCACCAGCAUUUAAAAAUACAUACAGGUGAACGUCCGUACAGCUGUAAAGACUGUGCAAAGCAGUUCACCCAGCUCAACGCUCUCCAGAGGCACCAGCGUAUUCACACAGGAGAGAAACCCUACAUGUGUGGCCUUUGUAAUCGCACCUUUACAGACAAGUCCACCCUUCGCAGGCACACUAUGAUUCAUGACUCAGAUGCUCCCUGGAAGACGUAUCUGGUGGUGCUGGAGGGAAAUGUAGAGGACAAGAAACCCAAAACUUCCACUAAGGGAAAGACAGAAAAAGCAGGAACAGGGGAGAAAAAGAGUUCACCAAGAAAAAGUGCUGCUGCUGCUUGUACCGCUGGUACCACUGGUACCACUGGUGCUGUUGGUAAAACCAACACUGACUCCAUUGUGGUUCCAGCUGAGCCAGUCGCUGUCCCAUCUGAAUGGACCAGUCAUGGAACCAUUGCUCUGGUCAGUCACAGCGCCCUUGGUGGGAUCACUGUCAUUCACACUGAAGUGCCACCUGGGGCGCAGAUCCAGCCCAUUAUGACCACUGACAGCACAGGGGCCAGUGUCAUUUCCUUAGAUGGUUCAGCCAUCCCCGUGCCUUUCUCUAUACCUGCGACUAUGGCACAUCCUAUCUCCUUGUCCUCUGACGCCUCCUCCACCUCUUUGUCUGUACCCUCAGUUCUCUCAGUUCCUGUUUCUCAUGGCUCAUUGGCGUCAGUCUCAGAGAUCCAAACUGUUACAACAUCAUCUGUCCUGGAAGCUGCUGCUUCACAGACCAUUUUGGCUUCGGUUUCAGAGACUAAGACCACUUCUGAGAUGGAUAUGAUACAGCCUAAUAUUCAGACUGUGAUUGUCGCUGACAGGGUUUGUGGAAAAGAACAAACAGCAACAGUCCAAGGUGAUGAGCAGCAAAGGACAGCGGAUAAGUCUUUAGAGGAAACUAAAGGGGCCUCAGAUCAAGAAGCUGUGUAGAAAAUGCAUGUAAAAAUAAAGGUCUUUAUCUUAGUGUAUGAAUUUAAAAUCCAAUUUCAACGCCUCA